AUGUUAACUCGAUCAGCAAAGCCUAAUUAUGUUCAAAAUGGAAAAGUACAUUUUAAACGUUUGGGUCAUUUGAAUGAAGAGCUUGAAUUUCGACGCAAUUCAGUUCCACCUCAGUUACCGACUCUUUUAUCCAAAAAAGAAUUGCUUUCAAGACUGUCUAAACGAAAUGAUCAUCAGGAACAAAUCCCUGAUAAUGCCGCCGAAAUAGUUGAUAACCCAGAACAGGAAUAUAACGAUUACAAAGAUGCGGUAAGCCAGUUUUUUUCGAAUUCCAAUCUUCGGAAUUCUAGCGUUUGGCCGAUUAGCUUAGUCAUCAAAAAAAUUCAUACAUUUUUCGAUCUUGUUGCUGCACCAUUAAAUCUAAAUCAGUUCUGA